AUGUCAUUCGAGGAUAAGUUUGAUAAAAUGAAUCUACACGAUGACCGUGAGAAUCGUGAGCAUGUUAACACUCGAAUUCUGGACAAAUUUAGUGAUAAGAUCAAAACGGAUGAAUUGUCCUUCAGUAGAGGGAAAACCAAUAAGGAUAAAGCCAAUAGAGCAACAGUGGAAAAUGUGCUGGAUCCUAGAACCAUGAGAUUUUUGCAAGCUUUGAUGAAUAGAGGUAUUAUAUCCGAUUUUAAUGGUUGUAUAAGUACAGGUAAAGAAGCUAAUGUAUACCACGCAUUCGCUGGUAAUAAGCAACUAAAUAAUACAGACGGAAAGGAUGAAAAAUCACAAAAUCAAGGUGAUGACAAGGUUAAUACUGAUUUGAAAGAUUCUCCAGAAAAGAAAGAGGAGUAUGCUAUUAAGAUUUACAAAACAUCUAUCUUAGUCUUUAAAGAUAGAGAACGUUAUGUUGAUGGUGAAUUUCGUUUCAGAAAUUCAAGAUCUCAACAUAACCCAAGAAAAAUGAUUAAAAUUUGGGCAGAAAAAGAAUUUCGUAAUUUAAAGAGAAUAUAUCAAGCAGGUGUGAUACCCGUUCCAAAACCUAUUGAAGUGAAAAAUAAUGUCUUAGUAAUGCAAUUUUUGAAUAGAGGUGAUGGAUUUGCUUCACCACGUCUUAGAGAUUAUCCAUAUAAGGACCGUGAUGAAAUAUAUCAUUUUUAUUACAAUAUGGUUGCUGAUAUAAGAUUACUUUAUCAAGUGUGUCAAUUAGUCCAUGCAGAUCUUUCAGAAUAUAACACAUUGGUUCAUAAUGGCCAACUUUAUUUUAUUGAUGUAUCACAAAGUGUUCAACCAGAGCAUCCGAUGAGUUUAGAUUUCCUAAGAAUGGAUAUAAAGAAUGUGAAUUUCUAUUUUGAAAAAAUGGGUAUUGAUAUCUUCUCGGAACGUUUGAUUUUCCAAUUUGUCAUUUCUGAAAUAUUACCAAAUUUUGAAGGUGAUGCCAAAAACCUAACUGAUUUGAUAGAAUACAUUAAAAAGAAUUUAAUUGUUAAAAAGUCUGCAGAGGAUGAAGCUGAGGAUGAAGUUUUUAGAUCAUUAUAUUUAGUUAGAAAUUUGAAUGGUUUAGAAGAAAGAGAUUUUGAUAGAUUUACAGAAGGUAAAUUUGAUUUAUUGAAAAGUUUAUUAGCUCAUGAUAAUGAAAAAAAUUUCUCUAAUUCUGAUAAUAAGGAUAUGGACGAAUUUAUUGAUGAAGAUAUCUCAGAUGAUGAAAGCGAUAAUGAGGAAGAAGAAGAGGAAGAAGAAGAGGAAGACGAUGAAGAAGAAGAAAGUGAAGAAGAAUAUUCUGAUGAAGAGGAAAAGGUUUUAAAGGGUAAAAAAUAUGAAGAUAAAGAUGAAAAGAAACAAAGGAAACAGGAAGCUAAAGAAGCUAAACGUGAAAAACGUAAAACAAAGGUCAAAAAACAUAUUAAAAAGAAAUUAGUAAAGAAGACUAAAUCAAAAAAAUAA